GAAUCUGAAGAAUUUGAGAAAAUGUCUUCUGUAGAUGAACGCCAAUCCUUUAUGGAAAAGCUUGAUGAGGUUCAAGAAUGGCUAUACACUGAUGGAGAAGAAGCCACAGCUACAGAGUUUCAAGAACGCCUUAAUUCAUUAACAGAUAUUGGUGAUCCGAUAGUGUUCUGGUUAUUCAAGGCUGGGAGGAAUAUAAACCUUGGCUUCCAAAAGAAAGAGUUGAUGAGUUCUUGGGCGAUAAAGACAAGUUCAAAACUUGAUUGAAAGAGAAGGAGACCGAUGAAGUAAGAGAUAUAUUCUAUAUGUGAUUUAUCUUUGUGAGUAGGUACAUUUUGCAAGUAGUAACUGAGCUCCUUUGAGGCCUGAUGUUUCUUCUCCUAUAAUUAGUUGUGUGACCCCAAGUGAAGGGAAAGGUUCAAAGACUAUGGUUGAAUUUGGAAGCUUAUCUUUUAAUUAAAGUUUUCUAAGCUA